GUUAAUAAUAUUGUAACUCUUUUCUUAAUUAAAAUACUAAAAUUUUAGAAUGUUGACCUUUAUGUGAUUCUUCCAAGUCAGUAUCAUGUUGCCAAGUCAAUAUUACUAACAAAAUUUUAACAUUUGGCUAAUUUUAGUAUUUCGAUAGGUUUGGAUGAUAUAAAAGAAUCUGAAAAAAAGUUUGAAUAAAAAAUAAACAUUACCCUUUUUAUUUUGAAAGAUCUGGCUCUGACAUGUUCGAAAAAUUUGGCUAAUAAUUGUGUCUACUCAUGAAUCAAUUCAAAAGUUCAUAUCGAUUAGUUGAUGAGCUGGAAGUCAAACGAGCUCAAUAGCCAUAUUAUCGAGCUAGCUAAUGAGUUCAAAACGAGCUAGCUUAUGAGUUGAAAUUAACAAACCACCAAAUCGAAUUUACUUAUGAGUCUCGGGAGUUCAAUAAAUUUUAAUUCUAGUUCAAUUCGUAAGUGAACGAAAAGAGUGUUAAACAAGUUUUUCUCGAGCCGAAUGCCAAGCAACUUGUGAGCUACUCGGGUCAGUCCGUAUUUGUUACUGGGAAGCCCAUUGAAAUAGGUGCAACAAAGCAAAGCCCAAACCCAGUUAAGUCUCGCGGUCUAAUCUCAAUAUCUCAUCAUUUUCUUAUCCGGCUGAGCGGAAAAACAGAAACUGGAAGCCAUCCACGUAAACUCUGAACCAGAGGGAAAGGAAACCAGCAACAGUGAGCUAGCAAUGGCGUCAAUCGCCCAGCAGCAGUUCGCCGGACUCCGAUGCCCGCCGCUCUCGACUUCUCACCUCGCCAGAAGAGCUUCCGCCCUCGGAGCUUCUUCCUUGCCGACUUCUCGUUCCAGCAGAAAGUCCAAUUUCAUCGUUUCGGCCGCCACCAUAUCAAAUGCACAGACCAAAGAGCGACAAGAGCUCAAGCAGCUCUUCGAGGACGCUUACGAGCGCUGCCGUACCGCUCCCAUGGCAGGAGUUCCCUUCACCGCCAAGGAUUUCAUCGCUGCUCUCGACAACUACGACUUCAAUUCCGAGAUUGGCACCAAGGUGAAGGGAACGGUUUUCAUGACCGACGCAAAUGGCGCAUUCGUCGACAUCACUGCGAAGUCUUCCGCGUAUUUGCCACUGCAAGAGGCGUCCAUUCACAAGCUGAAGCAUGUGGAGGAAGCUGGCAUAGUGCCUGGAAUGAGGGAAGAGUUCGUAAUCGUGGGUGAGAAUGAGGACGAUGAUAGCUUGAUCUUGAGCUUGAGGAUGACUCAGUAUGAUCUCGCUUGGGAAAGGUGUAAGCAGCUUCAAGCUGAGGAUGUCAUUGUGAAGGGUAAGGUUGUUGGAGCAAACAAAGGAGGAGUGGUUGCUGUGGUGGAGGGCAUUCGAGGAUUCGUACCAUUUUCGCAGAUCUCAUCAAAAUUAACAGCGGAUGAGCUCCUAGAUAAGGAGCUACCAUUGAAGUUUGUUGAUGUCGAUGAGGAACAGUCUAGACUUGUAUUCAGCAACAGGAAGGCCAUGGCUGAUAGUCAAGCGCAGCUUGGUAUUGGAUCGGUGGUCACUGGAACGGUGCAGAGUCUGAAACCGUACGGUGCCUUUAUCGAUAUCGGUGGAAUCAAUGGCCUUCUCCAUGUGAGUCAGAUUAGUCACGAUCGUGUGGCUGACAUUGCAACUGUUCUUCAACCUGGGGACACUCUCAAGGUCAUGAUUCUAAGCCAUGACCGUGAGAGAGGUCGUGUGAGUCUUUCUACCAAGAAGCUGGAGCCCACCCCUGGCGAUAUGAUCCGCAAUCCCAAGCUUGUCUUUGAGAAGGCUGAGGAGAUGGCCCAGACAUUCCGGCAGAGAAUCGCUCAAGCGGAAGCCAUGGCACGAGCUGAUAUGUUAAGAUUUCAGCCCGAGAGUGGACUGACCCUAAAUUCCGAUGGGAUACUUGGGCCAUUGACGUCCGACAUGCCUGCUGAAGGUUUAGACCUGGGCGAGCUUCCUCCAGAGGAAGACUGAUCAUUCUUGUCUCGUUAUCUUUCCUCUGUUGUAAUGCAAAAUGCGCCUAAUUUGAGAUCAUUCAUAAGCGCCAAGCAUCCCACUUCCAGUGCAAAGAUUGCAAAUAAGUUGGUAAAUCGUAUAUGCACUUUGUACUUAUGAAUGAUAGUAAUAGAAAUCUCUCUUUCAA